UACAGAUUUUUUUUGUCGUAAGUAAAAAUAUUUUUUUUUUUUUUUUUUUUUUUUUUUUUUGUUAAUAAAUGACUUCAUCCGUAGAUAUGUAACAAAAAGAAUAAAAAAUAAAAUGAUUAUGUAACAAGAUACAUCUUUCUUUUUUCCGAUAGAAGAUCUACAAGAAAUGUGAAAAAUCAUUGUGAAUGAUUUAUUUCGUAACCGGGACUAUAUGCCUAUCGUUUACAGUUCUUUGCUUACCCUUUUUUACUCUCAAAUGAUUAAUAGAAACAAUGUCUUGGUUACGGCAGAUUUCCCGGAAGCACCGAGUAUAGCAAACACAGCCAUAGUCAUGAUUCGCGAAAUAGGCCCAUAACAAAUAGAAACUGUAAUGGAAAGAUAAACUACGGGUUCCUUCAAAAAUUCAACAACAAUUACAUUUAAAUUAUAUGCAAGAUGCAUAGGCCUAAAUUGGUAUAGGAUAGAGAAGAUGUGGAAUGUUCGGGGAAGUGGAGGUAUGUUUAUUUUAAGAUGUAGAUAAUUAUCGUUGAAAACUGGACACAUGUAUAUGAAUACAUGAUGUCAAUUCCAAUAUUUUCAGGUGGAUUUGCUUCUCGAACAGCAUUUGCAAAUCAGGAACAUAAUAUAAAACAACAUAAUACAUCUGUGCAACCUUUUGGUUAGUACUAUGGUCGUGAUUGGCGUAUCUAUAGUCACUGUGGCUUUUCAGCACAAAUUUAUAAAAAGAACGUUGUUGCAUCUAGACCUUGUGCAUACAGUAGUCGUUGUCACAUCUACACCGGUGAUGGUCCCUCCUAUUCCAGUACCUUUUCUUGCAAACAUCGAACCAGGUCUAGAAGAGAUCGUAGAGGAAAACAGAAAAAUGAGAGAACUGACUUCAUGCAUUUACUGUAAAGUUAGACCGAGAGAAGUUGUCUACAUUCCAUGCGGGCAUCUCUUAUAUUGCUAUGUCUGCGACAAUCUGAGAUAUCCCAGGAAUUGUCCUUUAUGUGACGCUAGGAUUCGAGGCUGCGUCUAUACUGGGCACUAACUGAUUCACAGCAAUAACAAAACUAAGCAUUGGUUGCAAAAAAGACAUUAAAAUCGUCAUAUCUCUAUCACAAUCAGCUGUUAAUUCCGUUAUUUACGUACAAAUAUAAGCGAUCUGAGCUCAAUUUGACAAAAGUUUGCAACAUUUAUCUACAGAGACAAAUUUCUUUACCAAGACUGCUAUCACCAAGAAGUCUAUUUAUUUAGACAUUGACGACUCCACCAUUAUAUAACUGCAUUUAUUGUGUAAAUACGGCGCUAAACCCAAAACAAAUGUACAAAUUGACUCGCCCUACUUUUAUCAACAUGUUUUAAUAAUGUAUCUUUUUUCCAAAACACUUUUGUUAUAGUUUCUUCUAAACUUAUAUGAUGUCUGGAAUAUCUAAACUUAUUCCUCAGUUUAUUAACUGCAGUUCCCGAAAUCAGAUUUUAAAGAUGCUAUAUAAAUCGCUAUCACAUUUUACAAAAUUGAAAUCCACAGCCUGGCCUAGCUGUGGAGUGGACCCAUCGGGCCAGGCCAGGCCAGAUUUUAGAACAUGCCUUCAUAAGUUCAUAACAAAUAGCCACAUAAGCUUAUUUUAGUCCGAAUUUGGUUUGAUUUUAUGAAUUCGUUUCUAUUUUGUCUAAGUCCACAUUGUCUGUGUGUUCUCUGUGUACACUGAGAACCAUCAGGUGAUUGAGACGCUCCUGGGACAUGUUAGCUCUCAUGUAUUAUUUUUUUGUAGCUCAGCUACUACAAAUUGAUAGAAGAAUGUGUCACACAGAUUGUGCUUCAUAGAUCUGGAACAAAACUGGAUUUUAGGCUGACAAAGGAUUUUGAUACAAAUGUAGAAUCAUUGCUUAAUAGUUUAAGUGAAAAAUCAAAGUUUGAAGAUAACAUGGUAUCAGUGGUAGAUAUAAAUUCCCAACUAGAGGGAGCGCUAACAGUACAAAAAUAAAUUCAGGGAUAUAUUUGUUGCGUUUUCAUAUCUCGUCAGUGUAGUGAUUAAAAUAAAUUAUGUUAUCAGAAAAAUUUUGAUGUUCUUAUUUUUAGAUUCCAUAUCUUACUUUGUUUCAGUUUUAGGUACGGCCGAGUAACGUCGUUGAAAAAGGCCAAUCAAACAUGUGUAUGUGUUGCUUAUGAUUUAUAGACAAUU